CGCGAAGUGUUUGUGUUUGGUCCGUCGUCAUCUCUAGUCAGCCUGUCUCUAGUCUUUCUCCGCUUCGCUUUUUCUCUCUCACAUCUUUAUUUCUUUCUUCUCCGACACGACAAAGGACGAUACUUUGAAUCCAAACCUAAUGGGUAGUCGCGGUGGUGGUAGCUCCUCCUCCUCAUCAGAGACGUCGUCGCUUGCUCCUGGUUUCCGAUUCCACCCGACGGACGAAGAGCUCGUCCGUUACUACCUAAAACGCAAGAUCUGCAACAAACCCUUCAGGUUCGACGCGAUCUCCGUCACGCACGUGUACAAAUCCGAGCCGUGGGAUCUCCCGAGCCAGUCGAAGCUGAAAAGCAGAGACUUGGAGUGGUACUUCUUCAGCGUGCUCGACAACAAGUACUCGAACGGGUCCAAGACGAACCGUGCGACUGAGAAGGGGUACUGGAAGACGACCGGGAAGGAUCGGGAGAUUCGUAACGGGUCGGGAGUCGUCGUUGGGAUGAAGAAGACUCUCGUUUAUCAUAAAGGUCGUGCUCCUCGUGGUGAGAGGAGUAAUUGGGUUAUGCAUGAGUAUCGUUUGGUUGAUGAUGAGAUCGUUAAAGCUGGUGUUCAGAAAGAUGCGUAUGUGGUUUGUAAGAUAUUUCAGAAGAGUGGGUCUGGUCCGAAAAAUGGAGAGCAGUAUGGUGCUCCGUUUGUUGAGGAAGAGUGGGAGGAGGAGGAUGGUAUGACUUUCGUACCUGAUCAAGAUCUUGGAAGUCUUGAAGAUCAGGUCUAUGUCGACAUCAAUGACAUUGAUCAGAAGCUUGACAUCUAUGAUGCCAUUCCUAUUCAUUUGGGCUUUGAUCAAGGGGAAUCCAGCAAUAACGUUGAAACAAACUACUCAGACUCGGCAAACUAUAUUGAACCAGGAAACUAUGUGAACACUAAUGGUUACUUUGAAGGACCAGUGGAAGGACAGAAGCAUAUCAUUCAUGAUGGUAGUAGCCUUCAAAAUGAAGAGAAUGGCUGCGGCGUCCAGGAGGAGAGCAGGGAAAACUUGCAAUCUUCUGAUAACAUCUUUGACGCUGAUGCAUCACUCUACAGUGAUUUUCCUGUUGAGAGUAGCUACUUUACCGGUGAGGAGUUUCUUGACCCGAACAGUAGUCUUCUUCAGAACAAUGAUUUGUACCUAGAGACAAAUGAUCUCAACAGUGCUGAGCAAGAUGGUUUCAACUUUGAAGAUUACCUUACCUUCUUUGAUGAGGAUGACCAAAACUUGACUUUUGAUCCUUCCCAACUGAUGGGAACUGAAGAUAAUAUUCCUGAUCAAGAAGAGCUCUUUGAAAUGGCCGAGACUGAGGCAGCCUCAGGAGGCAAACAAGUGGUGGAAGAAGCAUCUUAUUCGAAACAAGUCCAUGCAGAUGCAACAGAGUUUGAGCCAGAUUACAAGGACUCGUUGCUCAAGAAGGCGAGCCACAUGAUCGGUGCAAUUCCCUCUCCAACUAAAUUUGCUUCAGAGAUCCUCACAAAGGACGGAGUUGUCCGGCUACAAGCAGGACAAUCAUCAGGUUCGGUUCACGUAAGUAUGAUCACAACAAUAUCAGACAGCAACAUGGGUUGGUCCUACAGCAAAAACGGGAACCUAGACUUGCUCCUUUCCUUCGGUAUGGUCCAAGAGAACGUGUCGGGAAAAUCAGAAAAUCAUUUAACAAGAGUGAUGCUGAUCUUCGUAUGUUUCUGGGUCCUCCUACUCUCAGUUAGCUUCAAAGUAAGCACUUUGGUUUCUUCUCGUUGAUAAUAAUAAGUACCACUGUUUUAAAAAGACAGAGAGGGAGAGAGACCUUUUUGUGUUGAACACAUUGAUUGUGUAUAUAGGUUUACUUGUAGUCUUCUUCGGCUACUCAAUGAUUCUAUAUCACAAGACAUUAAAAUAAUGUAUCUUCAGAGUUCAAAAUUAUUCUCGUCUUUUGUUGCAGUACAAAA